UUAUAUAUUUAUCGGGCUCCAAUUAUGAAACACAUGGCAAUUGCACAGCAUUGACAAUUUGACGUAUUCUACGUUCAUUUCAAAUAUUCCAAUUGUCAUUUUUUCGCUCCAAUGCCUCCUCGAUUGCGCCUCUCCGUUUCCGUCCUCUCACGCUCGCUUCCGCAUGAUGUCCUCAUAUAUCCUCGACGAUAUGCUAGCACAGCAGCAGCAGCAGCCGUUACGACAUCAACGGUAAAUCAAACAUCCCAAUCGAAAUCCGCAUCGUCACCUGAUGCUGCAUACCCAUCAUACCAACCCUCAUCGCAUCGCCGGCCCGAGUUCCGCAAAUCCCAGCUCCAUCGCCAAUACACCUCCCUGCUCCGCACAACACCACUGAUCCUGAUCUUCCAGCAUAACAACCUUCAAUCCGUAGAAUGGGCCGGCAUCCGUCGCGAGCUUACGAAAGCUUUGCAAAAAGUUGACGAAACAAACGCUGCUGUAGGCAGAAAUGAGCCCCCCAUAGCCUCCCUCGUCCAACUAAAAAUCAUCCAAACCAGAAUUUUCGAGGUCGCUCUGCGUGUUGUGGAUUUCUUCCGGCCCGGCGAAAAGACACCUCGCGGCCCUGGUAAAAUUGCAGCCGCUAAAGCUGACCCCAAUUUAACACACGAUCUCUCUCGCACUGCAUACGCUGCCGUACUCGACAAAAAGGGACAUCAUGAUCUCUCCAACAUCUUGGUUGGUCCGAUUGCUGUGCUCAGCUUCCCCUAUGUUUCCCCUGAACAUUUGAAAGCUGCACUGUCAAUUUUGGCACCCAAGCCACCACAAUUCCCUGCUCCAGGACGGAGGGCGAACCCCGGCCUGUACGACUUGCCUGUGCAGGAAGGAUUGAAGAAAUUGAUAUUGUUGGCCGCGAGGGUGGAAGGCAAGGUGUUCGACCAAGAUCAAACAAGAUGGGUUGGUGGGAUCGAGGGUGGUAUGGCUGGUUUGAGAUCUCAGCUUGUGUCGCUAUUGCAAGGAGCUGGAGCAAGUGUUACUACGACGUUGGACGCGGCGGGUAAGAGUUUGUAUCUUACCCUCGAGAGCCGCAGGAGUGUUUUGGAAGAAGAGCAGAAGGAACCUGGGACUGGCGUUCAGAGCGCGGGUGAAGGGAAGGCAGAUGGUCCAAAAGAGUAGGAGAUAAUUGGAUCCCUUUUCUUCUUCGUUUUUGCUUUAUUUUUUUUUGGUAUCAUUCUCCCGAUACAUACCGACUUUUUGCCUCUAUAUCUAUUGUACAAUAUACACCAUACCAGACAUUUUAUCCAAUCCUGGUAACCAAACCAGACAAUAAGCUGACAUCUUUCCGAAAAUCAAAUGUAAUAACCAAAUCCAAAGGGAAGAGUGUCCAUACUUUUGCUCGGCAC